AUGGAGACAGGCCGUCGCUUUGGGCAGGCCAUUGCUUUGGCCCGCAAAGAACGAGGUUGGCCCCAUGCUCUGGCCAUACUUCUACAGAUGGAGCAGCUCCACGUGCCCAUCGAUGUCCUCCACGGCAACGCCGUGCUCAGCAGCUUCGUCGACGACGCGCGCGGACCUGCGGGACCCGCGGGUGCCGCGUGGCGCUGGGGUGGACAGCUGCUAGCGGCCUUGGUGCACAGGCGAGUGCAAGCAGACACGCGCAGCUUCAACAUCUUGAGGAGCACCUGUCGCUGGCUCCAAGGCCUUCUCCUCUUGGAGCUCCAAACGCAGCGAGGCCUCGCAGGCUCCGAGGUCUCGCGCGGCUGUACCGUGAACGCUUAUGCCAAGGCUGCAUGCUGGUCCGAAGCCCUCCGCUGUUUGGCCUCGCCGGGCAGCAACGUGGUGCACUUCGGCGCCGCCCUGGGCGCCCUGGGCGCGCCGGGCGCGGGCGGUUCAGUGCGCCGCCCUGCGCACUGGGCGAAGGCGCUGGAGGUGCUGAAGAGAGCAGAAGAUCUGGGUUUG